GGUUUAUAAUUGGAAGUUGUCUAUUGCUUCAUAUACAAAAUUGAACUCCAAGUUCAUCAUUUGUAUUGGGUAUUUUUUUUUUCUCAAUUCAAUUUAAUUUCGUACCUGAAGACAUGGAAGACGAAUUAGAAGAUAAGGUAUUACAUCAAACAUACAUUUCUUUUGUUAAAAUAUUUUCACGAUUUACUAAUAGUAUUGCGUUUGACACUCCAGUGAGCUAUUUAUGGAAAAUGGUGCGACUUUAUUUACUACGAUCAGAAGUUUUAGUGUUCACUUUAGCUAUAAUCAUAUUCCUUAUGUAUCUCCAAACUAUUGGACUAUGGAGUCGAACACUAUUAAGCAGGUUAUCACAGGCUAUGAGCCCCAUAAGUGCCGUUCAGCGCAUGAAGUUAAUGGAAGGAUCUGAAGCUGAUAAACAAAGCUGGGAAUUAAAAGGCUCACUGAGUGCAGCGUAUGCAAUCAAAGGUAGAAGAAUGCACAUGGAAGAUAAAUUUAUUAUUAAUGAAAACAUAAAUAAUACCGGCAUUUCUUUGUUUGCUAUUUUUGACGGUCACGGCGGAGAAUUUGCUGCCAAUUACGCUAAAGAUCACCUAAUACAAAACUUAUACAAUAAGGUAAUAGAGUUGAGUGCUUUUAAAGAUGGCAAAACAGUCAUCAUUCCUCAGAAAGAUAGUCCUGAAGAACCAAAGAAAGAAGAAAUAAAUGUUAGUGUUGAAAGAAAAACUAGUUUUAAGAAGUCAGCCAGUACUGCUGAUGAUACAUUAAAGAAAGAGAUUACAGAUCCUGAUUUGUUAGCUCAGCUCUCCAAGGCGCGGCCAAUAAUUACAAGGGAAGUAAGGCCAGUCAAGCCUGUUAAAAAUAUUGCUGUUCCUCUCUCAAGUUAUGUGGACAAAGGAAAGAUAAACUAUGGUAAAUUAUUGACAGACGAGGUUUUGGCAGCUGAUAGGCUUCUAGUAGAAGCUGCAAAACGUACUAUGAAUGUAGCCGGAACUACAGCUUUAAUAGCUGUUUUAGAAGGUAACCAUCUUAUAGUGGCUAAUGUUGGUGAUUCAAGAGGAGUGAUGUGCGAUAGUCGCGGUAAUGCAAUUCCUGUCUCAUUUGACCACAAGCCACAGCAGGUACGUGAGCAGAAAAGGAUUGAAGCAGCAGGAGGGUAUAUUGCUUUUAAUGGAGUGUGGAGAGUAGCGGGAAUUUUAGCAACAUCUCGUGCAAUGGGUGACUAUCCUCUCAAAGACAAAAAAUUCGUAAUCGCUGACCCUGAUAUCCUUACUUUUAACCUCGAUGACCAUAAACCAAUGUUCUUAGUAUUAGCAUCUGAUGGGCUAUGGGACACAUUUACCAAUGAAGAAGCAGUUAAAUUUAUAAAAGAAAGAUUAGAUGAACCAGAUUUUGGAGCAAAAAGCUUAACACUCCAGGCUUAUUACAGAGGAUCAGUUGACAAUAUUACAGUUUUAGUUAUAAACUUUCUUAAUAAUCAAGUUUCUAUAUCAUCACAGUAAACAUCUUAUUUUUUGGAACUGUGAAAUGACAGAGUACAUAUUUUAAUACAGAAAAAAAUGUAUAGUUGUAAUCUUGGACUUGGAAGUGAGAUGUAUUAUUAUAGAAAGGAAAUGCAUUUGGUUUGUAUUUUAUUGGAUAUAUUUAUCAAGUAAUUAAUCAAAGUCCAAUUAUAAA